UGGCAAUUCUGCCUACAGCACAGCUGACAGUCAAGGAGAAAGAGACAAUGCUGGCAGUAACCACGAGAGAGACGGAGUGGGAGGAUGUGCGUCCCAUACCUCGGUGCGGCACUCUCCCGAUGCGCUCUCGUCACAAUGACGAUGGCAGGGCCUGGCAGUUACUACUCGCCAGAGUUUGUGUUCAGUGAUCCAGCCCUGCAGACACCCUCCCCUAGUGGCCAGGGUCCCCAGCCCACUAUGCCUGCUGAAAUGAUGCCUGAGAUGGCUUUUCAGCGGCCAGAAGUGUACGAUGCACAGAUGCAGACAUUGCCUCAGUACUUGGCAUCUAACCUGUCGCAGCACCAGAACAUUAUUUCCCAGAUAUCCCAGCCACACCCUAGUCUUGGGCUGCCACCACACCACCCUGCUCCCCCAGCCACAGUACCUGCCUCCGUUUACACCCCAGGCUCAGUUACACUAUACAUAGAAGGGGAUAGAGAUGGUAGCCAGAUCUUGCAUUAAGGAACUUGUGCAUAUUUUGAAAAUGAAAUGACAGUCCUGUCAAUUUUGUAAAUUGACCUACUAUUUGUGUAUCACUAUUUUUUUAAAAACUUCUUUCAGUGUUUUAGUACUUUUUGAUUUUCUAAACAUUUGUAAUAGCACUUUACAGAAUUUUAUUUUAUGUGCAGGAUGACAUGUCAUACUGUUUGAUGGAUAGAUCUUUUGGGGGGGUUAUUUUGUAGGAAAACAGAUAACAUUAUUAAUGUAACUAGCAUUCAAGUGAUUUUAGAAUGGUAAAUAUCAAGUUCUUACAGUCCCCUCCAUUACCUUAUACAAUAACUUGUAUACAUAACUCAGGCUAAAUGUUGAUUUUUAUCAUUACACAUUUAAUUACUGAGCAUUUUUAAAUUCUUGUUAUCGUAAAACUUUUAAUUUUGUGAAAGGAGGGAAAGACUUACAUUGUAUGUAAAAACUUCAAAGUCUACAGUAUUUGUUUGUGCAAUAUGGUAUUGUUUUUUAACAUUUCCCCUCAAAGGGGGAAAGGGACAAAGUAGUUUUGUCAUUGUAAUUUUUAAAGAACUUCGAACCUCUGUUCAUCGAAAAUCAGUUUAGCACCAGGAUUUGAUGUACCAUGUAAGUGCUAUUCUUUAAUUCAGCUUUAACUUUUUAAAAUAUACCUUGUUGAUAUUACAGAUACCAUGAAUAGGUUCUUAUUUUGCUACAUUUUAUUGGAUUUAGAUAAAAUGAGAAAAAAUGUAAAAAAAAAACAUAGCACUUUGAGAUAGAUUGUGAUGUGUCAAACAUUUUUAAAGAUAGAAUAAUGUAGUAUUAUUUAUUUAUUUAUUUUUACUUUGAAAUUGUUAUUUUUUAUAUUAAUAGAAAAAAGGGCAAAUUUGACAUUUUCAAACAAUUAGAAAGAAAAUCAUUAUGCUAGUUAAAGCUUUGUAAAAACGAGAUAAAAGAAUUAUUUUUCA